CACACACACACACACACUCCUCGAUCCCUGUGACCCUCCCCGGGCCGGUGCCCACACGCUUCCCGGAGCAGCCGCGCCCUGGGGGAAACCCCACCCUCUCUUGGGACCGGCCGGAAAUCCCGGCUCCCGGAGUUGCGCUGCGCAGUCCCAACUCCCUGCUUCAGGUAAUGGAGCCUGCGGACGUUGGAGCUUCAGGAUGGUUCAUGCUAAGAGCUGGACCCUGAAGAAGCACUUUGUAGGCCACCCUACUAAUAGUGACUUUGAAUUGAAGACAGUCGAACUCCCACCCUUAAAAAAUGGAGAGGUCCUGCUGGAAGCUUUGUUCUUCACCGUGGAUCCUUAUAUGAGGGUUGUGGAAAGUAAAAAUUCAGCCUUCCCAAUAGGAACUACUGUAGUGGCUCCUUCCGGCUGGACAGCGCACUCCAUUUCUGAUGGGAAAAACCUGGAAAAGCUGCUUGCAGAGUGGCCGGACACGUUACCACUGUCUUUGGCUCUGGGAAUGGUUGGCAUGCCCAGCCUAAAAGCCUGCUCUGGCCGGCUUGACAUCUGUGGUGUGCAGGGUGGAGAAACAGUGCUGGUUAACGUGGCCGCAGGAGCAGUGGGCUCCGUUGUGGGGCAGAUCGCUAAGCUCAAGGGCUGCAAAGUUGUUGGAGCAGCAGGGUCUGACAGAAGGGUUACCUGCCUUGAAAAGUAUGGAUUUGAUGUUGCCUUUAACUACAAAACAGUAAAGUCUUUGGAAGAAACUUUGCAAAAAGCCUCUCCUGAGGGUUAUGAUUGUGAUUUUGAUAAUGUGGGUGUAGAGUUUUCCAACGUUGUUAUCCCCCAGAUUAAGAAAUUUGGAAGAAUUGCUAUACGUGGACCCAUCUCUACAUAUAACAGAACCGGCCCCCUUCCCCCAGGUAAUGAGCCCACCCCGGAGGCCAUCAUCUUUAAGGAGCUUCACUUCGAAGGCUUCCCCGUCUACCGCUGGCAAGGAGAAGUCCGCCAGGCUCUGAAAGACUUGCUGACAGGGGUCUCAGAGGGUAAAAUCCAGUACCAUGAACACAUCACUGAAGGAUUUGAAAACAUGCCAGCUGCAUUUAUGGGAAUGCUGAAAGGAGAGAAUUUGGGGAAGCAAUAGUGAAAGCAUGAACAAAAAUGACACAUGGAAUCUAGAAAUCAUUUGGAUGAUUACUUAGUUUCUUUAUAAUCAUUUAGUAAAAGGUACGCUGUCUUCAUGAUCUAAAAAACAUUAAUUGUAAUGCAUUUGAUCUACCUAAUAAAAUACAUUUAAGUGGAAUAUAAUUAGCAAGAGAGAGUGAAAAUUUCAUAUUGAACAAUGGCCAAAUGAACUUACUGCCUGCUAUAGUUCCCUCAGGGUUAUGGUAGAAAAUAAUGGCUUUUGAGUCCAAAAGUUUACUGCUUCUGUGACCUUGAACUUCUGAUUUUUCAUCUGUAAAGUGAGGACAGUAACAUCUGCUUCACAUACAUAUUAUACAUUUGUUUAAAACACCAGCAUAACACGUAGCAUAUAUUAGGUACUCAGUAAGUGUUAGCUACCUCCCUGCAGAAAUCAGUGAAUUUGAAGUGAAGAUCACCACCCCUAUGGCUUAUGGUUACACAAGGAGAAAUAACCAUUGCUGACGUACACGGACUCAGGGGAGCCCCCAUUGGUCCUCUGCGGGCAGGUCUAACGUGGCAGACCAAGGAAGGAAUCUAUCGCUUACAACAGCUACAAAAAAAGAUAACAUAUGGGAAUCUUUAUAAGCCAACAAAAAUGUGAGAGAUUAUUAUAAAGAAAGCUUUGAAACAUGACUGAGGAACACAGAAGAAGACUGAACAUGUGGAAGUUACCAUGCUCUUGGACUGGGAGGUUCAGUAUCAUGAAAUGUCAGUUCUGUUGAUCAAUUCUGCUACCAAAUAGAGGAGGGAUCAAAUUGGAGUACAAGGAAAAAAUAAGAGAAAAAAGUGUGCGAUUGUGUGUGUGUGUGUGUGUGUGUGUGUGUGUGUAUAAAACCUCUGGAAAGAUGUAAUAACCCAGGGACAAGAACUGAGGUGUGCCUGAAAGAUGGGGGAUAAGAGAAAAACUACACUUUUGUGCUUUUUGAAUUCUGAAU